GGUUAUAGAUCUAAGAUAUUUUCACCUCAAAAUAUCCCUUCACAGGAUAUUUACCAAUCCACAUCAUUUAUCCAAAUGGAUCAUAACCUCUCUCUGUCUCUCGUACACUUGUUUUUUUUGACUGAGCACCGAUCCUUCACAUUCAAGAUCUCAGUAGCAGCUAGCGGAUUCAACCAAUAAUGGACGGUUCUUCUCAGCUUGUAGAGGAAGGCGUGAGCUUGAACGAGUGGGAGCAAAUUCAACUGCCAUCUCUUAGUAACAAUACACCACCACUCCCCACAACUCCAUCAAGUGUAUGGGAUGUGGUUGCCAUUAGAGACAACUAUCUCCAAGAUAGCCUCUCCUUUUUUCCCCCAAAUCAGCAUAAAGGUUUACCAGUUCCUCCACAGGUUGAAGAAGAACCAAAUUCGCCAUCAGGCUCAUCACCAUCAUCAACUGUAUCGUCGUCGAGCCCGGAGUUGAGGCCACGAAAUGUGAAUGAUAUUUGGAGGGUCUUAAGAUUGCGUUCUACGGUUCUGUGUUCUGGGAUAGUUAGGAUUGCUGCCAAGGUUCGUUACCGUGCAGUGAAUUUAGUGGGGUUUCGGUCGUUUUUAUCGGUGACUGGAGUUAUAGCGGCGGUGUUGCUUUCUCUGUUGUACGCUAGGAUGCGGAGAUGGCGUUCAAGAGUUCAGGAAGAGAACAAUCGCCUCAUUCUUUUAGUCAAAGAGAAAGACCAGAAGAUUGGGCAGCUCUUGAUUCAAGUUGCACAGAUGAAUGAAUUAUUGUCAGCACGCGUCAAGGUCCCGGUGAUUCGAAUUCGUUGAUUGAUGAUAACACUAACCUUGAUGUGCCGACAGCGUAUAUGCAUGAAACAAUAGAAAGCCAAAUACACCCAUAUAUAUAUAUAUUUGUACACGUUGAGCUCUUCUAUAUUGAGAGUUGGUCACUGAAACCACUUAUUAUUUUCUUCAAAUUACAUGACAAUCAUGACGGUGUGAAUCCUAGAAAUACUCAUAAAAGUAGAAGACAUUUGUUUUGAAUAUCUCCAAAAUCCAAAUCAUUACACUAUAUUAUAUGAUAUAAUCUAAGUAUGUAAAUCAUAAA